CCCGUGUGAGGGGGCUCCGGGUCCGAGUCAGGCCUGGCGGGGAGAGGAAAGAUGGCGGCUGCCGGGGGUUCCGUGUUGAAACCAGUGGCGGAGGCUCUUGGGGCCUCGGAGCCGGCGCUGAAACUCAUUCUGUCCAUACUCCUUGGAUAUCCCUUGGCUUUAUUCCAGCGAUAUUUUCUGUUUAAGAAGGAGCCGUCCCACAUCCACCUGUUUAACACGGUCACUGGACUCGGCAUCGCCUAUUUCAACUUCGGAUAUCAGCUGUAUCAUUCGCUGCUAUGUGUCGUACUGAAUUUCCUUAUUCUGAGGCUCAUGGGAAGGACCAUAACUGCUGUAUCCACAAGCUUCUGCUUCCAAAUGGGCUACCUACUCUGCGGGUAUUACUACACAGCCACUGAAAAUUAUGACAUCAAAUGGACAAUGCCUCAAUGUGUUCUUACCCUCAAACUCAUAGGGCUCACCUUUGACUAUUACGAUGGUGGCAAAGAGAAGGAGUCGGUUACAGAGGAGCAGAAGCGAUUUGCAGUGCCUGGAGUCCCGUCGCUCAUGGAAGUCUGUGGCUUCUCCUAUUAUUACGGCGGGUUCUUAGUGGGGCCUCAGUUUUCCAUGUGCAGCUAUCUUAAACUGGUGAGAGGAGAGAUGACUGAUGUCCCCGGACAGAGACCAAACAGCAUCAGGCCUGCCAUGAAUCGUCUCUGCCUUGGACUCUUUUUCCUCGUCAUCUACACGGUGUUUGGCCCCCACCUGCCUGAUAGCUACUUCCUAACCGACGAGUACGCGAAUCAACCAUUCUGGUAUCGCUGUGCUUACAUUCCCAUCUGGGGCAAGGUGAUGCUGUAUAAGUAUGUCAGUUGUUGGCUGGUGACGGAAGGGGUGUGUAUUCUGUCUGGCCUGGGGUACAAUGGAAAAGAUGAUACAGGACGGGUCCAGUGGGACGCUUGUGCCAACAUGAAGGUGUGGCAGUUUGAAACAACCCCCCUGUUCACAGGAACCAUUGCCAGCUUCAACAUUAACACCAACGCUUGGGUGGCAAGAUACGUCUUUAAGCGCCUCCGUUUCCUGGGCAAUAAAGCAGUUUCUCAAGCUGCGGCUCUGUUCUUCCUGGCCAUCUGGCACGGGCUGCACUCUGGCUACUUCAUCUGCUUCUCCCUCGAGUUCCUAAUUGUUACAGCGGAGAGACAGGCAGCGGACCUGGUAAGAGAGAGCCCCCUGCUCUCACACAUCUGCUCCAUACCUCUACUGCGCCCCAUCAUAUAUGUGCUCCAGCAGUGUAUCCAUUGGCUCUUCAUGGGGUACCCACUAGUGCCGUUCUGCCUUUUUACCUGGGACAAGUGGCUCAAGGUCUACUUAUCAGUCUAUUUCAUAGGCCACUUGUUCUUUCUAUUGCUGCUCUUUGCACUGCCUUAUCUGCGCAGAGUCCUGGUACCUCGGAAAGACAAGCAGAAAUCUCAAUGAUGAUUGUCCACCACUCCUUGCCCACGUGGAGAUGCUGCUCACACCUCUGCUCUUUAUCAAGGGCCGGCUCACUCCAUGCUGGAUGGGGUUAAUUAAGAAAGACUUGGGGGGGAAGGGAAGGGCAUUGACACUGCCAGGGAUGCUGAAAAAUUGUUAUAAUUAGUUCUUUUUUUAAUUACAAAAUGAUUAUCAGCACUGGUAACAGAAUCACCCCAUUUUAUAGACUUUUCUACCUUUCCUGGACACUCUACUUGAACUUUUUAGAUUUUGAAGAACCUCCCAUUGCCGACAGCAGAGUGUAAGCGCCUCCUCCCCCCCACAGCACUGGAGCUUGCACUCGUUACGUCAGAUGAUUCUUUUUGCAGCGUGUGGUAAUCAAAGUCUGCGGGGGCUCCCGGCCUCAUUUCAAAGGGCAGCUAACAGGAGGGUUUAUAGGAUACUGAUGAGAAGCCUUGAUACAUCACUGGGAGUAGUCUCUGAUCUGUAGACAUCAGUAUGGCAGUUUCCACUGCGACUAUUAACUCGACUCACGGACAACAUUAAUGUGAGAAAUAAAUGUACCAAUGGAUGUGGCUCCUGUUUAUCCAUAACAACACAUCGGCCAAUCAGAGCGCUCCCUGGAUUGUGUUGCUGAAUAGCGCUCUCUGAUUGACUAAUGUUGUUUGAUAACAAAGCCGCUCCACAGCUCUAUCCUGCCUUUUUAUAGGUGCUGCCGCCACCACCUAAAUACAUGUACCAGAGUUGCAAUAAAGCACUCGGCCAAG